AUGGGCUGGAUCAAGUCUGGAGCUUCUGGCAUGGACAUAAAGCCAAGCUGCCAUGCUACUGUUACUCCAUUACCCACAUAUGCUCAGAAUUAUUUGGAGGGGGUGUGGAGUGUGAAAACCAUCAGUAGAACUCAACAGCAACAACGAUCACAGAGCUUGAUUCCAGUCAAGAACAGCAUGACUUCAGAAACCUCACCUUCUCGCCAUGUCAGCGCUAUUCCCUCCAUCCCUCUGAAAGGAAACAGACGUAGCAGCCAGAUGACAUCUCCACUUCCAGCUCAAAGCAGCUCUGCAGCCUCGUUCUUCCUCAGGGCUGCUCAGAAGCUGAACCUCUCCAAACGGAAGAAGCCUCAGCCUCCUCCGCCGCCGUCGCCGCCUGACCCCGAUGAACCGUUCUUCUACACUGACGGCUUCAGCGCCGCCCUGCAGCUCUCGCCCCCACCUGUCCCACCAUGCCUACUCAGGGCGGGGUCGAAGGUCAAAGACUGCCCCGGGAUGGGAAAGGUUAAAGUUAUGGUGCGUAUCUGUCCUGCUAAAGGGGAACAGGACACGUCCGAGUCCAUGUCCCUCCUGAAGGUGGAUGCUCAUAAGAAGCAACUGACCUUCUGCGAGCCUCCACCUAGCGGUGCGGGUCAGAGACGCAUUUCCUCCAGCACGGCCCCAAAGAUCUUCAACUUCGAUGCAGUCUUCACCCAGGAUGCCUCACAACCGGAGGUGUGUUCAGGGACGGUGGCGGAGGUCAUUCAGUCUGUCGUCAACGGCGCUGACGGGUGCAUCUUCUGUUUCGGGCACGCCAACCUCGGUAAAACCUACACCAUGAUUGGUAAAGACUGCUCCACUCAGAGUCUGGGCGUCGCCCCGUGUGCCAUCUCCUGGCUCUUCAAGCUGAUCGAGGAGAGGAAAGAGAAAGCCGGUGCUCAAUUCUCUGUGCGCGUCUCGGCUGUGGAGAUCAGCGGGCGGGACGAAGUGCUGACGGACCUCCUGGCCGACUUUCCUACAGGAACUCUCCAGGAUGUCCAGGGUGCGGGCGUCUACCUCAAGGAGGACCCCAUCUCGGGUUCACAGCUUCAGAAUCAGAGUGAGCUGAGGGCGUCCACAGCAGAGCGAGCCGCCUUCUUUCUGGACUCGGCUUUAUCGGCACGGAGCACUAGCAGACUCGACAGCGCUGAGGAGCAGCAGUGCAACUCUCACAUGCUCUUCACCCUCCACGUCACCCAGUACCGCAUGGAGAAGAGCGCCAAAGGAGGAAUGUCUGGGGGUCGGAGUCGUCUACAUCUUCUGGACCUGGGGAGUUGUGAAUCUGACUUCACUCGAACAAGAGAUGGAGGUGGAGGACAGUGUCUGUCGCUGGCCGCUCUGGGGAACGUCAUCCUUGCUUUAGCCAAUGGGGCCAAGCAUGUUCCUUACAGGGAUAGCAAGCUCACUAUGCUUCUGAGGGAAUCAUUGGGCAACAUCAACUGCAGAACCACAAUGAUCGCCCACAUCUCAGAUUCACCGGCCAGUUUUCCUGAGUCACUCUCCACUGUGCAGUUAGCCUCUCGUAUUCAUCGCAUGAGGAAGAAGAAAUCCAAGUAUGCCUCCAGUUCUUCAGGAGGAGAGAGCUCUUGUGAGGAAGGACAAACACGACGACCACCUCAUUUAAAACCAUUUCACCCCAGAACAGUGGCUCUAGACCCAGACCACCCGGCACUUCUAUCCAGUGAUCCGGACUACUCCUCCAGCAGUGAGCACUCAUGUGACACAGUUAUUUAUGUCGGUCCUGGAGGAGCCCAUAUUUCUGACUGUGAACUCAGCGACAAUGAGGGCCCUCCAGCCUUUGUUCCUAUCAUUCCUUCAUUGAACAAAAAGCGUGCAAAAGAGGCUCCCAAAUCAGACGGAGAUCAUCUGAAGUGCAACACAUUUGCAGAGUUACAAGAACGCCUUGAGUGUAUUGAUGGAAGUGAGAGCACAGCUACUUUCAUCAGUGAGGUAAAAGGACCUCAGACAGUCUCUAAGACUCAAGGAGGAGCUCCUAAAGCAACAGAUGCAUGUACCAAGAUGAUAAAAUCCUCCCUCCAAAAUCUUUCUUACAUGGAGAACUCCAAAGUGCUCUCAGAACCGGCUGUAUCUGGUCAAACCUCAGCUCAAGCCCCUGAGUCAGUUGUUCGAGAGAAGGACAUCCUCGACAAGGAAUCCUCACUAUUAUUAGAAAAGACCUCAAAUUUGGCCAGUGAUAGUAUUUUAGCCACAAGGACACCUCCAGUCGGUAUGAGCCAGCCAGCCCUCAGGCAAGGAGUACCAUAUCAUCCAAGUAAGAGCCCAGUGGAAUUGAGCCAUCUCCGAGCAGCUUUUCAGAGCAGAUGUCUUGAAAGAGAUGUCUUGAGGACUACUGUCACUUUACAGCAACCUGUUGAACUGAACGGUGAAGACGAACUAGUGUUUACCGUGGUUGAGGAGUUACCCAGUGGUCUGAUUCCAGACAAUGGCCGACCCUCUAGCAUAAUCAGCUUCAACAGUGACUGCUCCCCACAGACUAUAGCAUCUGCAUCACGUCCAGUCAGUAUAAUUAGCAGCAUCAAUGAUGAGUUUGACGCAUAUGUAUCACAAGUAGACAGUGCACAAAAAGGGCAUGCAAGGUCAAAAGAAGAGGUGUCAUCUGACCACAGCACAUCUUCCAAAGGCUCAUUUAUCAGAAAAACACUGAAUCCUGAUGCUAUACACUCGCCUAGAGGUUUUUCAUCAAAGGGGGUGAACAUACAUGAUAAGAUUUCAACCACAAAUAUACCUGGUGCUUUAUGUUUGGAGUCUUCCUCCCAGCAAGGCACAAAGAGCUCUUUCGGUAACAGUGCAAUUUUUUUUUCACAGUUUGAUUACCAAUCAGGGACCUUUGAGAAAAAUCCUAUAGCCAAGUGCCCACCAGUUUUUGAUACAAAUAAAACAUCAUUCAGAGGUCAAAAAUCUGUGAAAUCUAAUGCCACUUGCUCCUCACAGUCAGUACAGAUAUCUAGUAUGAACCAGUCUACUCUCCCAAGAAAAAACAAACCUACCUCAUCUGUUGAGACAAAUAGCGGCUUCAACCGAGAGUUACAGAGGCAAGGAAGCAGGACAGAUGAACACUGGGUGCCUACUGUCAGUCAGGUUGAUGUAAGAACUACAGAAUUCAUUUCUGCAGGAAAGCCACCCAAAUCUGGCACCAGUGGAAUCCCAUCCAGGAAGAUCACAGGUGGAAGCUGCAGCAGUAUGCCACGCUCUCCAAAAAUCCCACCAUCUUGUUCCUCCCAAAGGGUGGUGGACGGUUGUGAAAAAUCCAGUGUUAAAAAAGGAGAGACUUUGAGCAGGAUGCCUCAGUUUAGACGAGGGGCUACAACACUUGGCAUGAUCACAGUGCCUCAAAGCUCCCCAGAGUCCAAGUGGGGCCACGAUGCCAUACCAACAAGUACAACAUUGAAAUAUUCAUCCUUAGGGAAACGUCCAAAUGGGCAAAAGAGCAGCUUACUCCCAAAGUCUGGCAGCAUGUCACCACCUGCUCCACCCAUUAGAAAGUCUAGCCUGGACCAGAAAACGCGCGAUUUGGUGUCUCCUAGUGCCUUACGGUCAUUGAGCAAUGAUGCAUCCAGAUCCUCAUCAUCCAAAGUGACAGUCUCUGAGGGGGAUUUUGAUGUUCGGCUUAGAGGGGACUCAUUUAGCUUUAAAUCAUUCAGCUUAAAGGCAGGAUCCAGUCUUCAGACACGAGGCACAAAAGGAGACAGUGGAAGAUACUUUGGAAGUCUUUUCUCCCUUGAAAGAUGUGACAGCUUGUCAUCUAUUGGAUCUAAACAAGGAAUGAUAAGAGAGAGCAACAGUGUUAACCUAGCUGGUAAUGGCAAGAGUAAUAGGAUGGUACCAAGACUUGGGGUUACCAGCUCCACCUCUGCACCCCUAUCCCCUCCAUCAACCAGUACUUCUGGAUUCAGCAAAUUAGGGCAGAUUAAAGCUAAUGUGAGUCCUAGAGCCAUGGUUGGCAAUGGAAACAGAACAAAGUCCUUGUCUAACAAUGGUUCCAAACCUUUGAGUGCCACGAAAUCAUUUUCUGUCUCAAGUGUACGGACUGUCAACCUACCUCCAAGUGGAAAAUCAUCAACUCGUUCAGUUAUGAGCGCAAGUAACAAAGCAGGUAAAGGCACCGUCAUGGGCACAAAGCAAGCCAUUCGAGCUGCUAAUAGCCGAGUUAGUGAGCUAGCAUCAAGCAGCCCCAAGAAACACAGCAAAGUUAACGAUGAUCAGACAAGUGUGUCUGCUGAACUUUUACUGCCUUCUUCAUUGCCAUCACCAUACAGUAAGAUCACUGCUCCCCGACGACCACAACGCUACAGCAGCGGGCAUGGUAGUGACAACAGCAGUGUUCUUAGUGGGGAGUUACCUCCGGCCAUGGGCCGCACUGCUCUGUUUUACCACAGUGGAGGCAGCAGUGGCUAUGAAAGCAUGAUCAGAGAUAGUGAAACCACAGGUAGUGCAUCAUCCACCCACGACUCCAUGAGUGAGAGCGGAGUAUCUUCCUCCAGCCGAACCAAGGUGUCAAAGUCUCCCAAAAAGAGAGCCAAUGGCCUGCAGCGGCGGCGGCUGAUCCCUGCUCCCCUGCCGGAUAAUUCCUCCCCUGGCAGGAAGGCUGGAGCUGCAGGUCAGUGGGUGGACCUGCCUCCGCUGGGAGGUUCCCUGAAGGAUGCUUUUGAAAUUAAAGUGUACGAGAUAGACGACGUGGAGCGACUGCAGAGACGCAAGGAGGGGAUGGUGACUGAGGGCUUGCAGUAUUUCAGCGCUCGCCUCAGGAUGCUGGAGAAGAGACAGCAGCAGAUCCGGGAGCUCAGGGUGAAGCACGAGAGCCUGAGGAGGGAACUGGAGGACGCCAAAACUCGGCUGAUGCUCCACCCCGACAAGUGGACCGGAGAGUUUGAUGUGGAUCCAGAUCUGGAUCCGGAUUCACAGGACUACCUGGAGGCUCUGGUUCAGGCCACGGAAGAGCUGGAGUUCUGUGUCAAUCUGUGCAAGUCUCGAGUUAUGAUGGAGACCUGCUUCGACGUCCUGGCACCAACAUCCCCAGGGCAGGAGCUGGAAGUGUGAUCAGGACGAGGACUUAAAACUUCAGUGGAUCUUUAUUUGCCAGGAAGUGCCUUGAUUUGAAUAAUUAUUAAAAAUAAAAUAAAUCAUUGUUUCUGAUCGGUGCUAGUGCGAGAUCAUGACUGUACCUGUUAGCAAUGCUGUUAGCAGAUUUCCUUUUGAAAAAUAAAAAUAGUUAUUUUGCAUUUUAAUGUAGUGUGUAAAAACAAAUCCAUGAUGAAAUUGAAAAAAGGGGAAAAAAAGCAAUAAGGUAAUUUAUUGCCCAUCCCAGAACCUCCUGUGGAGCUGCCCAUCUUUAUUAAACUUUCUGACGUGCUUAUUUAUUUUGCUCAUUUUAUUUAUAAUCCUGCCAAAAGUUUAUUAUUUCAUAUUUUCACACUAAACUUCACGAGUAUUCGUGUGAUAUGUGAGAUACAGUAUGUGUAGAUUUUUGUGUGGAUCGGCAUGAUCUGGGUCUGAACAAUUAGUUAAUCUCAUAUUGCUUUUGAGAAGCCAAAAGAACGUGUUUUAAUUUAUUCAAAAUAAUUGCCAAUUAAACUUGCUGUCUUUUCAAUUAAUGUCAUGUUAAAAAAAAAAGCCCAAGAUGAAUGAAUACCAAGCAUGAAAGCAGCCCUGUACGUGAUACUUGACAUAUUUUUUUUAAUUAAUUCAUCAAUUUAUGAAACACUGAUUACUUUUUGUUUGCUGCUGGAGCAGAACCUGUCUCUAAAGACUUGGAGUAAUUUCAUUCACUUGGAUGUUGCUCAGUGAACCGAAAGACAAAAAUGAUCGAUUAACAGAAGCUAAGAUCGACUCGGGCUCUUGGUUUCCUCUUGAGUUGUUGAUGUUUGAUCAUCUUUGAGGAUCAGAAUGAUUGAAUAAAAAAAAUAAUAAUCCCAUAAAAAAAAAAAUUUAUUAACAAAUUAAUUUAAACCUGAGCGCGUAAGUUCCCUUUAUUUAACGCUUUGAUAUUUUAUAUUUUUUUGUCUAAUAAUUUACAUUAUUUUAUGAGUUUUUACUAAUAUGUAAGACUUUGUCAGUGUUUCAGCUUUAUAUUGUACAGUUUUUUAAA